AACGGCUCCAUGUAAGAGGAUUCCAAUAAGCACAACGUAGUUUAUAAUGCAGAUUCCGGGUUGAAAUAUAAUGACUGUAUCCGCAACUGUUUCUAAUCUUCCACCUUUCUCUUAAAAGAUAGCUACAUAUCUCUUUUUUUGUCUCUGGCCAUACUGCGUCUCCCAGCGCCAAAAUACAGGUUAUCCACCAUGACACUCCUAACGCUGGACAACAUCGCCGACUCCUUGAAAAAUGACCUCAAAGUCAAAGUCGCCGGCGUCGACUCGUCAGGUAUCCUCCGUGGCAAAGUAAUGUCAAAAGACAAAUUCCUCUCAACCGUCGAAUCCGGCUUUGGGUUCAGCUCUGCCGUCUUUGGCUGGGACAUGCACGACGCCCUAUACGCCGAUCCCGCAAGCUCGGCCAUGGCAUCGGAGAAUGGAGGUUAUUCCGAUUUUAUUGCUGUUGCAGACUUGUCGUCAUUUCGAAGGUUGCCCUGGGAGGAAAACAUCCCGUUCUUUUUGUUGCGCUUCACUGUCAACGAUAAGCCGGUGGUUGCCUGUCCGCGAAGUAUGCUUGCGGGCAUCACGCAGAAGCUCGCGCAGAAUAAUAUUAAAGCGCUAGCAGGCGUGGAACUGGAAUUCUUCAACUUUCAGACCCCAACCGAGGAUGGAUACGGUGUAGGCGGUAGCAGGCCGGAUGUUGCGGGAUUCCUAGCAAAGAAUGCUCCAGGAGCUCUACGGCCAAUCACCCAAGGCAUGUUCGGUUACAGCAUGACCCGUCCAACUGCGUCCAAGAAGUACUUUUAUGACAUCUUCAACACAUGCGUGUCGGUUGGCUGCGAUCUAGAGAUUCAGCACACGGAGAGUGGGCCCGGCGUCUAUGAGGCGGCUUUAGCUGUGAAGGAAGUCUCAGAAAUGGCUGAUCGUGUCAGUUUGUUUAAGCUUACAACCAAAUCAAUUGCCAUGGACCACAACAUCACGCCCUGCUUCAUGGCUAAGCCCUUAUAUGGAUGGCCCGGAAGCUCGGGGCAUAUCCACAUGUCGCUUACCGAUGCAGACGGUAAAAACCUAUUUGCCAGGGAGACGCGUGAUGACUCGGCGCGCUGGAGAGAUAUCGCCAGCUUCUCCGAUAUGGGACGUCACUUCCUGGCUGGUAUCCUCGAUGCUCUCCCAGAUAUCAUGCCCCUCCUCGCACCCAACAUAAACUCGUACAAACGCUUCGUCGAGAACUGUUGGGUCCCAGUUAGGUUGAACUGGGGCCUCGAGGACCGCCUUGUAUCUGUGCGUCUCAUUGCGCCCCCCGUGUGCAAGGCAGCGGCUACGCGCAUGGAGAUUCGAAUCCCCGGCGCCGACCUGCACCCGCACUAUGCCCUGUCUGCCUUGCUUAAGGCGGGAAUGCGCGGUGUAGAGAAGAAGCUGGACAUUUCGGUGCCUCCCGCAUCGGCGAGGAGCAAUGAGGAGGCGGCUCUGUUACCUAACACGCUUGACGAAGCGACAAGGCGAUUCAAGGCUCCGGGGAGCGUGGCAAGAGAGAUUUUUGGUGAUACAUUCGUGGAAUUUUACGCAGCAUCGAGCGAGCAUGAACUGAGGCUCUGGAGAGAAGCGAUAACGGACUGGGAACUAAAACGGUAUAUUGAGACAGCAUAACGUAAUGCGACAGUUGACUUUGUACAAGAAUAUAAAAACAUUUGACUUACAAUAGACAAGGACAACUUUCUUCUCUGUCAUGAGUUCAAAGGCUCACGUCAAAGUGUAGCCUAAUGCAAAUGCAAAUUUCUAAUUUGAACAUUUAUUAAAUC